AGGCCCGCGCCAAGCUGGAGGGCCAGUUGCGAGCUGAUCUCAAAGCCAAGACCCCCAGCGGUUUGCCGAAGAUCCAGGUGAACAUCAGCGACUUGCAGGGCCCCCUGCGCACCCUGACGCUGGAGAGGAGCUCCUUGGUGGCUGAUGUGAAGAAAAGCCUCGCGCGGAGCGAGAAGAUUCCCAGUGAGCGGCAGCGACUGCUGCUGGGGGACAGCGAUGUGGAUGACCUGCAAGCGGUGGCUGAAUUGGCACCAUUUGGAGCACUGAACUUGGCUGCUUGAAAACAAGUGAAUGGUUAACGGUUAACCUUGAGACGUAAAUGCUUGGAGUUUGGAGGCUUUCUAUGUGGGCACAGUUUGUGUUUGAGGAUCUUCAAUGAUCUUCACUGUUACUGUUGUGAGAUGACCUUCUUCAAGUAGAUGCCGGAUUACCUGGCCGGGCCAUAUGACUCACCUUGAGGUUCUUGAUGCCAAGUGGAAACGGAUGGGACCCCCCCUCCUUCAGCGAUUUUCGAGGACGCCGUGCGGAUUUGUCUAAGGUGUGGCGGUCUCAUCCGGCUGAGCAAAGUUGAAAGCUGGCACAUUUACAUGAGCUGAUUCAGUUUGUAAAGGAAACCGAGUUUGCAUAUAUUUCCCCAAACAGUUUACUGUUGGGGUUCUAUUGUUCUAUCUGGCCGCGCCCCUGAACUCUGUGGCCGGGGGCUGUGGCCGGGUCUUGUCCUCCUCUUGUCCUGCUGUUGUUUUUCUCUUGUCCUGCUGUUGUCCUCUGGCCGCGCUGACCAGCCCUGGCCACACUGCUGGCCGCACCCCUGAACUCUGUGGCCGAGUGUUUAGAAUUCUGAGUGACGUCCAAUGGGAAGGCCGCGAAAGGAGCAGGUUCGCGUAGGGGCCCGCCUCAUACUGUUUAUAGUUUAUAGAUGGGGCGCCCGAUAAUGUGCCCGUGAGACGCAUUGAACAUUGUAAGUUUUUCAUGAAUAUGGUCAACAGUCAACAGCUGGAGAGGAGAGUGGCCGAACAAAUCGCUUUUGACUAGCAAAUCGUUUUGAAGCUGUUUGGGGUCUAUGCUGGUAUAACAUGUUUUUUUUGAAUAUCCGGUCUAUUCCUGCCUUGGAAAAACACAUCAGUUUCUUUCGAAGGGUCUUAACGACGAAGAGGCUCUUCCAACCUCAAGGCUUUUCUUGCGAAGAUGACCACCUCGCGGACGCUCUCCGAACAUGAACAUAAACUGUUUACCGGGAGGCCAGGAGGCUUGUAGUUCGGGGAACCACCCGUUUGGGCGCGCAGAUCAGCGCCGGAUUUGUUGGUCCUUGUGCUCCGGCGCCGGCCCUGCCUAUCUCUCAAACCAUCCACGGACCUCGAGGGGUCCCAGGAUCUCACGUCGAACACGUCACGCCGGUUGUCAUUGGUUUGGACAAGCACCAGGUCUUCGUGAUUUGCCUGGACAAGCACGUGCACAUCGAAACCUUUAUGGCAGCCUUCCAGCAGAGCUGGCGGGUGCUCCAGUUCGCGAAUGCGCAGCUGCGGGCCAACCCUAAGAUCAUCAAGCUGGCCUUGCAGAAGGACUGGCACGCCUUGAGCUUCGCGUCGCCUGCGUUGCGCCACGACUACCGCAUGGCGCUGUGCACCGUGAAACGUUGCGGCUUAGCGCUGGAGAUCCUGGAGCCUUCCAUGCGGAACGACCGGGCUUUGGUGUUGAUGGCGGUGCAAGAGGACUGGCGAGCCUUGAAGUUUGCAUCCUUGCGCUUGAGAGGAGACCAAGGUGUCGUCCUCGAAGCAUUCCGGCAAAACACCGAAGCCUUGGACUUUGCCACACAAAAGCUGCGCGGCGACCGUGCGCUGAUGAGCUUGGCGGUGCAGAAGGACGGCCUGGCGCUGCGCUUUGCGAGCGCAGAGCUGCAAGCGGAUGUCGAUUUGGUCAUCGAGGCCUUAAAGCAGGACGG